AGUUCUCUCUCUCUCUCUCUCGAUCAUCUUCCGUUCUCCUUCUAAAGUAACUGCGCGGACCUGGAUGCGCAUUAAAAUGGUAGAGAUAAAAAUGCUUACAAGCUAUGGAGAAGCAGAAUUACUUAUUAUGGUGAGGCUUGACUUUACAACGAUAUCUAUUAUACACAACUACAACUAAAAACAUUUAAGCAAUUCAAUUUUGAAAGUGAAUUGCGCUGCAUGUACAUGAAGUAUAUGUAUAGUAGCAAUUUCAUAUAAUGGAAGACUUAUGUCCAUUGUGUUUGAAAAAUGGUACAAAAAGGAAAGUAAAAUUAUUGCAAAUUAAUUUACAAGAAGCUGUAUGGAUGUGUGAAGAAGACAAGUGUCCGUGGCCUUUUGGAUAUAAUGGUUUUAUAUUUUGUCCACGAAUAGUGGGAAAAAUAUGGUCGUGCUAUUGGGAUGAUCAUAAAUCAACAGCAAAAUUAAAGGAAGCUGCUUUGUCAUCUAUAAACCAACAAUCAUUUUGUGAUUCACCUGGAACACUUAUUAAAACUGUAUCAACAGAUUGUGAUAAUACUUUAAAUUUAAUUACAAAUCAUUUAGAAAAUAUUAAUAGCUUGAGUCCAACAAAAAUAAAUAAUGACACUGAUGGUUCACAGACCUUUUUGUGUAAAAAAUCAGAAAUAUUUUCUAGUAAUAAUGAAGAUAGCUAUGUAAACAAUACAGUAGCUACUAAUAACUCGAGUGUAAUUAAUAACAGUAUACAGUUAGUUAAUAAUGAAACGAAAAAUACGAAAAUUAAAAAUGUAUCAAAGAAACUAUUCCAAAAAGAGAAAGACUCUUGUACACAAAACAACUCAAUUAUAAUUAAUAACAGUUUACAAUUAGUUAAUAAUGAAACAGAAAAUACGAAAAUGAAAAAUGAAUGUCUAAAUCAAAUGUCAAAAAAAAUAUGUGAAGAAGAAAAAGUUUCUUGCACACGAGAUAGUAAAAAUGUGAACAUUAUAAAAAUUCCUAAGAUAACAAGUAUUGAGAAAACUAAUAUUAAUAUUUUGAAAAUAANAAAUAAUAUCAAUAUUUUGAAAAUAGAAAGAAAUCAAAUUCUUGUUCACCAAAAUAUAAAUGAAAAGCUUUCUACUGAAGAAACUACAGAUGUGAAAAGUAAAAAGUAUCUUUCCAAUGAUUUGUCAGUAUCUGAUAAAUUAAUAAAUUCAGAAUCAGCUGUAAACUACCCUUGUGAUAAAAAAGUACCUGAAAUAAAAUCUAAUGUAAACAUAACUGAGGUAAAAGUAGAUGGCUUGCCUCCCAUAACGUUAUCUUUUGAAGUUCCUACAUGUAUGACCGUUCCAAAAACAAUUGUAUCUAAUCUGGAAGACAGUUUUGAAGGUAUAACUUAUAGUAAUACCAAACUAAGUAGUUCAACAACAAAAAAUACGCUUGUCAAGCGAAAAAUUGGUGGUAAACAAUAUGAAAAAUUCAGUUUCAGUAAUAUUAAGAAAAAGUUGGAGACAAAUAAUUCAGAUGACACUAAUAAUAGUAAUAAUAAAAUUACUAAUAACUUAGAGAAUAGAAUUUCUGAUAAAACUUCUCAUAGCAAUAAAACAAUUGUAACUUAUAACAAUAAUAGUGAAAAAUCUAGUAUUUCAACUGAUGAGAAUCGCAAAAAUAUGUCUCAA